GGCUAUUCUGCAAGAGUCCACCUAGUGGACUGUCCACUUCGGCCUGACGUCAUCAGAUGCGCGUUCUGUUGUUCUGAACUUCAGCGAGUGCUGACGUCAUCAAAAGGGAAUCCGAACUUGCACUAAAAUGCAGUGGAAGACCGCGUACCCGAAGAGCGUAGUGCCCGGGGCGCCCUGGAACUCACCUGUGACAACGUAAAUCGAAUGAAAUGCCGUUUAGCCAUUUGCUAUUAGUUUCGGUUGUGAUUUGCCGAGUGAAGAUAUGAGACGAGCUUGGCCGCGUGACUGGUAACAACAUAAUGUGUCUCAAAAUUUUAUUUUCAUCAUCUUUUUGUACGGUAUAGCGGCGUUUCACUUUUUUCUGGCAUUGUAAACUGCAAUUGCUAGUUUGCCACCAGAGGGCCACGUAUCAAACCGAAACUCAAGAUGGCAGCUGUUUGAAAUGAAUGAAACAGCUGACCACAAACCGUCGCUUACCGAGCAUCCCCGUAAACUGACGGCAGCACAGUAUGCCUUGUUGGUAGUUGCUGUCUUGGUGCUUUCGCUGACACUAGUGUUGGAACUGAAGCGCAAAUAUGACUGCGUCUACGCUUGCAGCGAAUGGUGGACGCACGAUCGUCGGCCACUGAGCGUGGGUAAUCCCUGUAAAGUAGCGGUGGCAGUAUGUCGUGUUGAUGGUUGCUGUCUCGGAGAACUCUCCCAUGGUACUGCUGAAAUCGUUGUCAAUGGGCGCGCACCAGACAGUGUAUGCCUGGUCGUCACGACUGCGAUGCUUCGAAAGAACUUGCAACUCGAAUCGCCUCUAGUACCACACCGACAAAUGUAUCGUCUGCUGCGUCGACGAAAUAUGACGUUCAACGGCCCACAAGUUCAAGAAGAGUGUACUGCAAAGCGUUUAUUCAUGAUGCUGAAUAAAAGAGUCCAGUGGCGGUCUGUACGUUUUCCUGAAUAUUUUCUACCCCUCUGCAGUCAAGCUUCCAGACGACAGUGUUUGUCCAUCACAGCGCCAUGGCACCACGGGACAUUGGCCCUCACAUAAACCAUCGGCAACAAGAAAUUAUAAUUAACUUUAUGGAGCGAAAUCCCCGUUUAGUGAAAUCAGGAGAUCUGGACCCAAAAUUCACAGCUCAGAGAAAAAAAGAAAUGUGGGAGGAGCUCGCGAAAUUGUUAAACGAUGCCGGCCCUCCCACAAAGCCCGUGGUGCAGUGGCGUUGUUGGUGGAACCGAUUUGUGAGUCGGGCCAGGGCGGACGCAGGAAACCUAUCCGCCGAGAUGAAGUCUACCGGCGGUGGACUCCUUGGGGGAGCGAAGGGCCGAGUGCUCGCCCUACUCGGGCCUGCGAGUACAGUACCGGUGCGGCCUGCGCCUUUCUUGAGCAGUCAAUGCGAAAGCGACUCCCAGCAACAGCAGCCAAACACCUCAGCUGUGACUGAGGUGUCACAGCCAGGCGACACCUCAGCACCUCGGCAGCAACCACCAUCGGCAAGCACCGGCGUCACGGGCGGAAGGUGUACUGCCAGCCGGCCUCCAAGAGCUGCAUCAAGAGGCCGCUUGCUGCAGCAGGCUGUGGGGGACACCUCAAGAAGGGUAGCCCUCGCAGCCGCAAGAAACGAGGUGGCUGAAAAAUUAUUGGAAGAGUCCCGCAAGCAAACUGCUGAGCUGCGGGUGCUGAACAACCAAGUCGGCAGGCUGGCCGACGCCAUGGAGCGGCAGGCCGACGCCCUGGAGCGGCAACUGAGGCCAAUAUCCGAGUUGGCCACAGUCCUGGCCUCAUUUCUAACAAAUUACACACCACAAGUUUAGUGGUUAUAUUUAACGAAUGUGUAUGUAUUAAAAGUUCUUAAAAAUACCAGCAUAUGUUUCAAGGUUUACUAGUAAUGUAGUGUGGCAAUGUCACAGGUGAAACUGCCCCAAAUUAUUUUUCAGCAAUUCUUGGAGCAAGUAACAUUGCGUGUUAGAGCAGUCUGGAGCAGACAUAAUUGUAUUUUGGAUCAAUUUGGGGCACAAAAUAUUCAUUUUGAUGCAAUUUGGGGCAGGCCAAUGUCAAUUUUGGUGGAAUAAUGGAAUUUACAGGGCACUUCGAAAGCACAUAGGUACAUUAAAGACCAACACGAAAACAACAUUACAGUAUGUAAAGAGGCAGCAUUGUGCAUGUUUUUCUGCAUAAAGGCAAGAGCAUUUGUGGCACUAUCAUCUAACUGCACAUUCUCGUGCCAUAGCUGAUAACUGCAAUGUUAUUAAAUCAUGUGGCGCAAUCAACGCGGUCACACAGCUUCUAGUUCACGAUAUGUCACUGCAGACGCAGAGAGCCGUGACCAACUCCGGGCUGGUGAAACUUCUAGCUAUUCCAAUCUGUUUUUGCCGCAAUAGCAAUUAUGUGGACGCUGUAGGCGCAUUUCCGCCGUCGCUGUAGCCAUGAUGUUCCAGAUUAAUUCCAGGGGCGAUAACGACGUUGGCGUGUACUGUAUGCUGUAAAGUAUGUGCGAGUGAAAGCGUGUGAGGAUGGGUCGACGAUGCCAUUUGACGAACUCAACAUUUAAUGAAGUACAUUCUAAUUACAACCUCCCAAGUGUACGUACAUGCGCCGGCCACUAGCGUGAAGCGCUGAAAAGUCUGCUGUUGUGAGCGAAAAAAUUCAUGUGGGAGGCUCGUUGGCUAGGUG